GGGAGCUGUUCCAGGCUUGGCCAACCGGCCCUUAGUGCAGACCCUGACGACCACACUGCCUGAUCUCCGUCUCGCGACGGUUGGUGCACAUCAUGACCAUUCCAACGGUGGCAUUCAGCAUAGAAUAGGGCCCUCACUGUCAGGCGGUUGUUCUCCAUUACCGCCGUAAAAAAUUGGCACGACGCUGUAGACGGCGACCAUGUCGGGUCGGAAACUGGGAGGCGGCCGGAUUAUAGGCAGCGGCAAAAGCCUCGGCCCUCCUCCCUCAAACCUCGGACGUGCCGGAAGUCCCUCUGCACCCUCCGACAGAAGCGCUGUAUCGUUGAGCUCGCGCAUAUCGACACCAAACUCGCAAUCGCCCUCGUCGCCCGGCCCGUUUCCCGGCCUUGCCCAGGAUCUUGCCGCCCAUGUCAGCGUCGGCGGCCCGUCCUCGGGGACCUCGCAAGAGGGCAAAUUGGUGUGCCCAAUUUGCGAAGAGCAGAUGGUGACGUUGCUGCAAUUGAACAGACACCUCGACGAUGUCCACCAGGAGCUGCCCGAAGCGGAGCAAGACGAGGUCAAGUCCUGGUUCGACAAGCAGGUCAUUAAGGCGAAGCGGUUCCAGCCGCUGUCAUUGAUUAACCAGAAGCUGCGAGGCCUCGAGGUCUUCGAGUCGAACGAGACACACCCUGUUCCGGCCCCCGGGAGGGCGGCCGAGGCGAUGAUCGACCCGGAGGAGCUGGUUACGAGGAAACACUGGCAGCGGCCGACGGGAAACGAUUUGUGCACGGAUCCGGCAUGCGGGAGGAAGCUCGGCCCGCUCAGCGGGAGCGUGAAUUGCAGGAAAUGCGGGCGUUUGUUUUGCGAGGUGCAUACCAUGUACCAGAUGAAGCUGUCCCGGUCGGCCAACCACGAACCCGUCAGGGGCGUGUGGUGCCGCGUGUGCGAGACGUGCUACAAGUCGAGGGAGGGAUACAACGAUUACAAUGGCCUGUCACGCGACCAUACGGCGGAUUUUGCUGCGGUGCGGGCCAAGAAGGUUGAACGACACCGGCUCGAGAUUCACAGGCUAGAGAAGAGGUUAACUAAGUUGACAAGGCUGCUGGUGGAGGCGCCCCCGGAACUGGGUGCGAGCUCCGGGCUCCUAUCUCCCUUGGCCGGGCCGAGGAGCCAGAGGAAGAUGAUUGAGCAAUCCGUUGUGACGUGGGAAGACGACGCCUCCGUCCCCAGGUGUCCCUUUUGCAAGCAGGAGUUUGGGUCGUGGACGUUCCGGCGGCAUCAUUGCAGGAUAUGCGGUCGGGUAGUGUGUGCGGACCCGGCAACCAAUUGUUCGAGCGAAAUUGGCUUGAACGUUGCGAGCCCAACGGCAUUACCGACGACUGAGAAGCCCAGCGCCGCGGCCGAAGGACAUGUCAGCAUCGACGUCCGCAUAUGCUGCGAGUGCAGAUCCACCAUUUUUGGCCACAGAGACUUUAUCGAGUCCAUCAGCAACCGGACACCCGACCAGCGCGCCUACGAGACCUUGCGGCAGUUUGAGCGCGGCAUCCGCAUGCUGAUGCCCACUUACCAGAAAGCCCUGCAGGCCCUGCAGCCCCCCGACGAGAGCAGAAACGGGAACAAACCCCCGCCCACACACGCCCAGAUCCAAGAGGCGGCCAAGAUCCGCAAGCGCCUCACGGACGCGUUUGCAAAGUACAAUGUCGCUGCGCUUCGCAUCCGGGACAUGAAAACCGACAGCCCGACGCAACAGCGGCUGCAAAAGGCCAUCUACGCGUCCGCGUCCGCGUUUCUGCACGCCAACCUCAUACCGCUCAAAAGCGUGCCCGCGAUGCUCCGGGCGCAUAGCAGUGGCAGUAACUCGAGCUCAAGCCACCGGCGCCUGUUACAUGGCGCAAACGGCUCGGUACAAUCAUCACCGCUGCGCACGGGCGAGUCGGCGUCAGCGGGGGCAUUUGACGCCGAGACGUCGAGUCUUGGCGGCGCUAGUGAGGUUAGCAGCGCGGCUGUGUCGGCGCUGGAAACGGAGGAGAAGGAGGCGAGGGAGAAGCUGGUUGUGCUGGAGGAGCAGCAGUUUAUGGUCCAGGAGAUGCUGAAUAAUGCGAGGACUGCCAGGAGGUUUGAGGAGAUUGGCUCGCUGACGAGGAAUCUGGAGGAGCUGGAUAAGGAGAUUGAGGCGUCGAAACGGCUUAUUGUGGGUGUGGAAGAGAGAUGGGAGGGGCUUUACGCCGGGGGUACAUGAGGGGUUGUUUUCUGUAUUUGGCGCAAUCUUUUAGGUUGGGUUGGGUUGGUUGGGUUGGUUGGAACUGGAUGCAUCGCAUGGCGUUGAGGGGAAUGGAGUUACACUCUGGGAGAGGUGUUAAGGUACUGCAGUCUUUGGAGGCUGGCUGAAGUUAUCAACGAAGCAUGGGAUAUGAGUACGAAAUGGCACAUAUUAAUUCUGAUCCGUCCAGUCUUGGGAGGUUUUGCCUUGGCUUGGAGUGGUGGGGGGAACAAAUGUGUUGGUAUCUCUUAUCCCUCCGGAGCGAGUGGGUCAGCAUUUGAAUACGUUAUGAGACAUCAUACGAGUUCCAGCCCAAGAUCGCGGAACGUCUUUCAAUGGUC